AUGAUCUCCACCUUCGGCCUGGGGCUCUCGCUGAUGGAGUUCGACCCGGAGGCCUGGACGCGCUGGGUGACGGGCGACCUCCAGGGCCUCACCUUGAGGAGGAACAAAGAGUUCGUGGAAGACAUCUCAGACGAGGAGGGCGGUGCCAGCGACAAGGAGAAGGACCGGCACAGCUUCGUCCAGACAGGGGGCUUGGCCAAGUACCGCCAGAUGAUCCAGAAGGAGGAGAAGGCGGAGCUCAAGCACCAGCUGGACAAGAUCGGGCAGAUGAAGUCUGGGCUCCACACGGCCAAGGGCGAGUUGGUCCUCGCGUCCUGUCGGGGCACAGUAGCAGGCUGGAGACAGACCUCUCCCAUAGCAGAGCUGCUGGCCCUCGUUCGAGCGGUGCAGGUGACAGCAGGAGAUGGCACGUACGUGCCAGAUGCCGCCUACGUAGGUUGUUCAUGGGGUUCUCCCCGGGCCAACAGGGCGCUCAGGACCGGCACGCUGGGAGUGCCAGUAUCACCUCUGUCGGCGGACGCGCUGGCAGACUACGACGGCGGCGAACCUCUGGAGGCGUUGUCCCAGGAGGAGGAGCGUGAGGAAAACAACUUGGUAGCGGAGCAGGUGCGAUCCCGUACCUGCUCCCAGGACAACAUACCACUGCGCUACUACGACUACGUCAUGGCGAACGCCCCGCAGAUGAACGGUGGCAUACCAGCUGGACCUCAUAUCAUGCAGUCCAAUACGAAGACGCCACCGAGCUGGGACCCCGCAAGGGAGUCCUCAUAUCCACUCAGAGAUUGGAUCACGGACAUCCGCAUGUGGGAAGCUAUGACAGAUAUACCGGCACGCUCGAUCGCUCCGGCCGUGGUCUUGCAGCUAUCAGGAUUGGCCAGAGAGAUAUCGAGAGAAGUGCCGCCAGAUCAAUUACAAGACGGAGUUUACAUGGACCUCCGUGACGGAGCUGGACAUCGAUGGUGUUCGGGGCUGGACCUACUGAUUCACGGGCUGCGACGCAAGUUCAUGCCACUGGAGGCGGAGACCGCUAUCGCGAGCAUGACGGACCUGGUUGCUUUUCGUCGACGGCCAGAAGGAUGCUGGUGCAGCAAUUGCCAUAAGAUAUUCUACGACCGGGAAGACCCGGACUCCACCGAGACGAGCGAUGAUGACGGCAACGAUUUGGCGGAGUCGACCUUCCACAUCAGUGCCCAGAUGAGCGACAGCGAUCUGUAUGAAGUAUACGCUUUGGCCAAGAAGCACUGGGGGAGGCGAGCGGUGGACGUGUCCAAGGAUGACGAGAAGGAGUACGAGGACAGCUACUACCCGGACGUGGAGGAGGAAGGCUCGCGCCUGUGCGAGUCGCAUGCACGGCCAGACCUUCAAGAGGGGGUCCGCCGUGACUGUGCUUCAUCCGCAUCCUGGGAUAUGCUAUCGACUCCCUCGGAGUUCGUGGACAUCGGCAAUGAGACGAUUCAGAUGAUUGAACAGGCGAAGGCUCGGAUCAUAGAUGACCCGGACAUGGAGGCAACUCUCGGAGAGCAUCGGUCCAACGACGAGCAGAUUGACUCAGGAACCAAACCUGCGGGAUUGAAGUGGUUUGCGGGACCGGUGUUCGAACGAUGCGAUGAGACACGACAGGUAUUUCUAGAGGCUACACGAAUUGAUGGCAAAGAGUGCUUGUUGAUAGAUCCAGGCGCGUAUGACAAUUUGGUGGGUGACAGAUGGGUUAUGCGAAUGGGAGCUUUGGCAAGACAGGCAGGCUUGGAAACGACGCAACGUCUGAUGGAUCAAUCGAUAGGAGUUGAAGGAGUCGGCACCAACGCUCAGAUCGCCAAGGAGGAGGUGACGAUGCCAGGCGCAUCCAAGGAUGAACGAGGCAAGGUGCAUCAGAUAAGCUACAAGGCCCCAGUGGUUCCGGACUCCGACAUUCCCGCUCUCUGGGGAAAGCGCAGUCUGAAGCACAACAGGGCGGUGGUCGACAUGAUCAACAACAAGUUGUAUUCGUGUGGCCCGGGAAGAGUACAGUUUACACCACCGCCAGGGACGCUCACGUUCAACCUGGAAGAUUCAAGAUCAGGACAUCUGCUGUUACCUAUUUCGCAUUUCUUCGGCAACGGUAAGGACAAGAAGGUUCGCGCGAAGCAGGAGCCGGCCACCUGGCAUGCGAGUGCGCCUGUGAUCGUCAAGCCCAUGAUCAAAGAUAAGGUGAAGGAGGACGAGGACCCGGAUAUCAUAGCGAUAGACGAAGACAACGGCCAUCCGAUUCGCACGAAGCUGCUGAGUCAGGCCCACAUCACCUACACCCGCCUAAGUCUCCUGCACACCUCGACCAUGCCCGUUGACUCCCACAUGGUGGUGAUGAAGUCGAAGACGGUCAGUUUCUAUCCGACCGACUCGGCCAAGGCUUACAAGGAGAAGCUGAAGUCCAGGAAGGCCGAGGGACACGAACCGAAGAAGAAAGUCAAGAGGAUUAUAGAUCCCGACGUCAUGGAUGAUUGUGGCGAGGACCUCGGAGAGCUCAACUACCUACAGAACGAGGAGGUGUGCUGGUGGGAGAUGCCGGACAAUGAGGAGUACCCGCUCCUAUUGACCAUCCUCCACCUGGACUACCGGCUCCAGCAGCAGAGGCAGCGGCAGCAAGUGCUCCUCCGCCACCGCCCGCACCAGAAGAAGCGGUUGACCCACGUGCUCGUCGGGCGGCGAUUGGACCUCAUUUAUGUCCUGGAUGUCGGAGAAAUCGAGUCAGCACGCAUCCGACACACAAUCGCAUCCCGGGACAGUGUCGACAUCCGCUGGUACAACCGCUGGAGUACAAUUGUCCCGCGUGCAGAACGGGUCGAGAUCGGCACGAUCCCCGACACACUUUUGACACAGACUAUCCAAGAGUACCGGCAGCACGAGCGGCAGGUGCCGGACAUCGAGUACAUCCUCGAGCAGGAGAAGAAGAGGAGGACGCCGCCCCACAUCCUGAAGCCGGACCAUCAGGUGCUGCCUCGGCAGCAGCUCGGGAAGGCGAUGAUGACGUACAACCUCAUCCUGAAGCUGGACCCUCUGGAGCGGUUCCAGAUGCAGCAGCGGAGGAAGCCAUUCUUCCUGCAGGAGGACCAGGACCUCCGGCCGGGGCAACGGUUCCUGGAAUGGUGCAACGUACUCUACGUCGUAUGCAUAUACGACUUUGGCACGCUCCAGCCCAACGACUACGAGACCUUCUCUCAGCCGCAGGGCUACCACGGCAACGCUCAGGAGAGGCUGAAGAUAGCGGCUCGCACGCGAACGAGACCAGCGGCUCAGCUCGGAGACCUUCGGGUAGGUGACUCGGUGGACAUCUUCAGGGACCCGCCGAACAAAGAUGUCACUGGUUGGCGGGGACCUUGCAAGGUAGUUGCCAUGGAUCGAGCUGACGAGGGCAUCAUAGACGUGCGAUGGCAGGGUCGCACGCUACCGUGCCGACCGGCCGAUGUUCGUAAGGCAGUAACAUGGUGGACUCUGAUUGCGGCUCCUGGCCGCGGGGACACCAAGCCAUACCAGCUCUUAGUAUACUAUGUGGAGAACAUGGCGGCGGGCACGACGUUACUCCUGGGAUAUGAGAUCGGAGAGGAUGGGCACUGGAGGAUGACGAAGACCAGUCGUCGGCUGCCGACUCUGACGACGGCAGCUUUCCACGACCGCAUCAGAUGCCCGACUUUCCAGCACCGCGCGGUCAGGUACGGCCGCGCGAUCCGCAUGACGAGGACGAACGAUCGGAUCGAUGGCAUCGCUGGCCGACACCCGAGGCCACCAUCGACGAGGAAUCCGAGGCAUCUGAGCCUCAGGCUCAAGGGACCUACGUGGCGGCCAUUUCAACAGCCGUACCGUAUCGAGCCAGACGGCAAUUCAGACGUGCAGGAUCUGUGGUUGGAACCUUGGGAUCCUGGAUGGAUGCGACACGUGAGGACAGAGUUCAGUUUCUUUCGUGCCAUCCUUGACAACCGAUCACCGCCUGAUGCAGAGUACUGGUUAGAUUCCCGAGUGUUGGAAGCUGUUGAGGUGGCUACUCAUCUUGAGAAUACAGAAAGGGAGACGCAAGCUCUGGAGGUGGAGUUUGGAUCGGAGAUUUCCAGGCUUGUGAUCAUGACCUCUGAUACGCACGACUUUCCCAAGUCAGAGAUCUUUUCCCUCUUUGCGAACGACGAGAGACACCGCAUUAUUCUGUCCGUCAACUCGACAGGGAAGACCAAGAUGGUUAUUGAACGAGAGGCUGACGAACUCAACAAGGAGGACCUGAUUAAGCAUCGAGUGGAGGUGGAAAAGGCUAUGUCGAAAGAGCUAGGCAACUGGAUCGAGUUGGGCGCGCUCAAGCAACGCAGCAGGCAAGGAUGCACCAACUUGAUGGACUCUCGAUGGGUUAUCCGCUGGAAGAAGCAGCCAGACGGCAAGUUGGCAGUCAAAGCGCGACUAUGCAUCAAGGGCUUCAAGGAUAUGCAGCAGGAUCGUCUGGACACUUUCAGUGCGACUGCCUCCAGGCAAAGCCAGAGGAUAGUGAACUUCAUCGCGGCCAGUCGCCCCAAGUGGAUGUUGUGGUCCUGUGAUGUUGGCAGCGCAUUUCUGAAGGGACUCACAUUUCAAGAUGUGGCAGAUAUGACAGGGGAACCUCUCAGAACCGUUCAGUUGGACCUGCCCAAGGACACGGUGAAGAUCGCGAGGCAGUUUGAGCCGUUGUCCAACUAUGAUGUGAAUCGGCAUUGCUUGGAGAUGGUACGUCCAGGUUUCGGUCUUAAGGACGCGCCAAGGCUAUGGAAUCUCAGGCUAAAACAAGUAAUGACGAAGCUUCAGCUCUUGCCGUUGGUGACCGAUUCUCAAUUUUACUGCAAAUGGGCUGGCCCUCGAUGUGAACCGGUACCUCGUGAGCUAGUACCCAUAAACGCUGACAAGGAAGCGGCUCGAGGCACAGACGUGUUAUUCACUGACCCGGACAUAGCAAUUGAGGAUCUGCAGAUGGUGUGCAGUACCCACGUGGACGAUCUCAAGGGAGCUUCGACCGAACCGAUUGCUGACGCCUUCAUGGAUGCUCUUGAGUCGGAGUUCGGAAAACUCACAAGGCAGAAGAGAAGGUUCGAGCACUGCGGCGUCAUUCAUGAUCAGCAUGAAGACGGAUCGGCGUGGUGCUCGCAGGAUCACUACGCUGCUCAACUUCGGCCAAUGCAGCCGGACUGCCUGGCUGUGAGAGCGGCAGUUAUCGCGAUUGCUGGUCGAGACUUCAUGCCGAAAGGAGGACUAUGUGCUGCAGUGGAGUUCUACUCACGAAAGCAACCUCGAGUAUGCCGUUCUACUUUCUCAGCGGAGCUGGCAAGUGUGGAUGGCGGUAUCAGCAAUGCUUUGUUGACGCAAGUUAUGGUGUGCGAGAUCGUUCACGGCCCCUUGACGGCGAAACAGAUUCAGAAAUUCAUGGACACCGGAAGGCUACCAGUUGACUUGCACGUUUGCACGGACAACAGGGGCUUGUUUACGGCGCUGGGUGCCACCGAGUUGAAGGCACCAGCGGAACCUCACCUUUUGUAUUUGCUGAGAGCUCUACGUGACAGACUUGAAGCAGGUACUCUCUGUAAGCUCUGGUGGGUGGACACUAGAGCCAUGAUCAGCGAUGCGUUGACCAAGGGCGGAUUGGCUCGAGAACCUAGUCUUGAAGCUAUGGGAGACGGCAGUUUUGAUGAUAACAGGAGAUGA